UUGACAAUUGACUGUACACACACACGCAUCAGUUGUACUUGCAGAAACAUCCUUUUGAUUGCGCAGGUGAAAAUGUCUUGCUGCUUCUGCUGCUGCUGCUGCUGCUGCUGGGUGGACCGAUGCGAUGAACACGCAUGUCAUGCAAGGGCCCAGUCUCCGACCGACCCGUGUACGUGCUGUUGCCGUGCACACCAAACGCAAUCCACCGCGCGUUGCCGCCCUCCUCGACGCGAGCGAGUCGACGACACAGCCUUCUAUUUCCGAACACCUGCGCGUAGCUCAGCUUCUCGUCGCUACAAGGCAGCACCAGCAGGUAGGAAGACGUCGCACUCGAUGCGGCCUCCCGCAAGGAUGUUUUGAACUCACAUACCCAGAGAAGCUCCUCAAGAGUCUUGGCUCUUCUUUGCUCGUGAUUCACUCGACUCACCACGCGAUCGUAACCACAUUUAUAACGAUCGCCAUCUCAACAGCACUUGAGCGCCCCGUGCGACCCGUUUCAAUCACGCAGACGCCGGGCUCCCUUCAUCACAAGCUUCUAUUGCGGGCGCGCGCGCUGUCGUCGAGGCGGCAAACAAACCAUUUAAGCCAUUCUCACCUCUUCUUCACCUCCCCUCCGCCCACAUCGCACCAACAACCACACCGGAGACUAUCCUAUACGCGUUUACACCAGGGCGCCUCACCGUCUCACCUGUUCGCUCCCUCUUCUCAUAUCCUUCAGCAAGCGUGUUUCUUUCAAUCUUAAUUUCCCGCCAGCGUCCAUCAGGCACAUCAUCCAUGGCAAACACCCAAUUUCGAUCACCCAGGUGACACAUUCGUCCAGGUGGCAACGAGCAGA